AUGUACGAAGGGAUUGACAACCUGAAAUCCCUUUACGACCGUGCCGGGAAGACUUUCUCCGGCGGUCCUUCUGCGGCACAGGAUGUGUCGCGUCGUACUGCUCGACCAGACCCAGUACGUCAACCAUCAAUUGGGAGCGGGGCUCCCAAGAAUCCCAGGACGGGGGAUAGCCGCGCCACCGGACGAGAUAACUUGUUUGACGUCCGUUCACGUCGCGGUGGUUCAACAGCUGCUCAACUAGAUAGCGCUGGCCACCGCGAGAGUCCUCUAAUAGAGGUGGAGGAGGAGGAAAGACGCUAUCCACACGAUCAUGGGGAUCCGUGUGUUCCCGAGAGCUUCUUUGAUCGCGUAACGCAAGGGUUGCGCAACGAUCUCGAACAUGAGCGGGACAGGCGUCUCCAAAUGGGGGACACUGCCUCGAAGCAUCGAGCUGAGUUUGCCUUUGCUCAGCUUGAGAACGAGAGAUCUCUGACAUCUCUUCGUGACGAGCUAAGGGUAGCUCGUGGGAUUGUUGAUCGGUCUCGGGCUGAGAUAACUGCUCUUCAGACCCUUGUUGAUGCCCACCAUCGGGAGCAAAAGGCUCUCUGCGAGAUGCUUGAGCGCAAGGGCUUUCUUCAUCGGAAGAAGCAGCGUACUGAUGGUACGGCUUAA